AUGUGCUCCAAAAGGGUAGCGGUGGAUGCAAGACGUCACUUGCUGGGAAGGUUGGCUUCCAUUUUGGCCAAGGAGUUGUUGAAUGGCCAAAAAGUCGUGGUGGUGAGAUGUGAAGAGAUAUGCAUGUGGGGUGGAUUGGUUAGCCAGAAGAUGAAUCUCAUGAGGUUUCUUAGGAAGCGUAUGAACACUGAGUCUUCUUAUGGAAAAUGGAUGCUAUCCACACUUUUGCCAGAGAAGGAGAACUGGAUAAUUUGCUUAAAUGCAUUGAAAGUGGUGUUUCUGUGCAUUUGCAAGAUAGUGAAGGGAAGACCCUGA